UUUUUCUCGCGUGUGUAGUGAAGACUCAUGUAACGCUAUCCGGCAAUACUAGCCCCACUGUAAUAGCAUCACAAACACACAACCAUCAGCUACACUUCCACAUCUAAUGUCAGAUGACGUGGACCAGACUUUUUGUCGGUGUUUAGCGGAAUAACGAAACAAAUUAUCGGCCUGCGUGAACUGCGGUUACCUGAGACGCGCGCGCACGCUAAAGACGAGGAAGAUGAAGACGGCGUUGUGGUCGAUUUCCAGUGUUAUAGCAGUUUUGGAGUGAGAUUGGACUGUGAAAGUGUGGAUUUCACUGAUAAAUCAUGGCUGCGACCACGCCCACAUUGGCCCCGCCUCCCAAAAAGAGCAGAGGAAAACAGGAAAUUGAGACUCUGCAGACAGCCAAUGAAGAGCUGAAGAGCAGAUUGAGUGACGUACAGAAUGAACUGCAACAGGAAAGAGGAAAGGUGGGUAAAUUGCGGGAGAGGCUGCAGGAAUUGCGCGGGCAGCGUGAAACCGAGCAACACAAGCACUCGGUGGCUCUCACUGAACUUCGCGUCAAAUUCCACGAGGAGAAGCAGCGGGAGGUGGCGGCCGCACGAGAGAGCCUGGCUCGGCAACACGAGGCCGAGCUGGCACGGGCGGCCCGUCUCCGAGAUACAGAGAUGUCCCGGCUGCAGGGGCUGGUGAGUGUUUUACGGGACGGAGCCAGCUGCGAACUACGGAACGCCCUGAAGGAGGAGGCGCGAGAGGAGGCGCGCAGGAGCUACGAGGCCGAGCGGCUCAGGCUCACGCAGGAGCUGCAGGAGGCGAAGACGUCACGUCGACAGGCGGAGGAGGCGCUGGCCAAUGCCGUGCAAGCAGACAGGGCUAAAGCAGCCGAUCUCAGAGUGGCUCAUCAAACUCAUCAGGAUGCGAUCCAGAGAAUCAAACGAGAGAGCGAGAGGGAAAUCAGGAGACUGAUGGAGGAAUUAAGGAGCAGAGAUCGUGUGGUGCAGUCUCUGGAGAGGGAGCUGGGUGUACAAGCGGGCCAGACACAGCGUCUGCUGCUACAGAGAGAGGAAUCAGAUCGGCAUCAUGGGAGUCCAAAAAGAGAGGUGGCACCUGCCCUCGGGGAGAACACAGACUCUCCUGUUAACCAGGAAGUAGAUGAGAGGGACGUCCGCAGGUUUCAGCUGAAGAUCGCUGAGCUGCAGUCUGUUAUCAGGAAACUAGAGGACAGAAAUGCAUUGCUAUCAGAUGAGAGGAAUGAACUGCUGAAACGGGUGCGUGAGACGGAUGGUGAAAUAAAGCCACUCGUGGAGAAAAAUAAACGGUUGCAUAAAAAGAAUGAAGAGUUACAGCAGACUUUACAGCGUAUGGAGGACAAACUGAAGCUGAUCAGCAGAGAGAACGCAGAACUGAAGGAGAGUUUGCAACAGAAUUCACAUCAGCAGAAUAACACCCAGCAGGGGAUGCUGAAGAGACACACAUCUCUGACAGACCUGAGUCACGCCCACGAACAACAGGAAGUAGAAUAUCUCCACAUGCAAAUCAGUGAGCAGCGUGGUGUUAUUGAGGAGCUAACACAGGAGCGAGACAGACUGGCGAUCAACAAAAAGAACAGACGAAGAAACAUUAAACUGCCCAAGAGGCAUGUUGUGGAGACAUAUUUUGGAUUUGAUGAGGAAUCGGUCGAUUCUGAAACAUCAUCUCUGACAUCAUAUAACACAGACCACACCCCUGCCACUCCAGAGGAGGACCUUGAAGACGGUUUUUCCCGAGAGGAGGCCGAGUUGCGUUUUCGUCAGCUGACGCGAGAGUACCAGGCACUGCAGCGAGCGUAUGCCCUUCUGCAGGAGACCGCUGGACCUGUGGACCCUGAGAGACACUGCAGGACGCGGGAGCAGCUGCAGACGGAGCUGAUUGGCUGCCAGGCACGGAUUGCUGACCUGGAGCGGAGCUUGGCAGAGAAGGGGCAGGACUCCAAAUGGGUGGAGGAGAAACAAAAUCUCAUGAGGGUGAACCACGAGCUCAGACAAAAGAUAGCAUCACUGGAGCAGUGUGAAAUGAGAUUACGCUCGGAUGUUCGAGACGCCCUGGAUCAAAACGAACUACUUGAAUUUCGCAUCCUAGAACUGGAAGAGAGGGAACGCCGUUCUCCUGCCUUUAACCUGCAAAUCUCUGCCUGCGAAAGCAAUAGUAGCCUACAGUUACACUGCCAACAGGAGGGGGUCAAGGACGUCAUCAUUCCUGACCUCAUGAAAAAGCUUGACAUUCUUGGGGAUAAUGGGAACUUGAGGAACGAGGAGCAGGUCACAGUAAUUCAAGCUGGCACCGUGUUGUCUUUAUGUGAAAAGUGGUUGAAGCAGAUUGACAGCACUGAAGCUGCUCUCACACAGAAGAUGAUUGACCUGGAGAAUGAGAAGGAGCUGUUCAGUAAACAGAAGGGUUUCCUGGAGGAAGAACUGGACUAUAGGAAACAAGCUCUUGAUCAGGCCCAACUGAGGGUUCAGGAGCUGGAGGCUACAUUAUACGCUUCUCUACAGCAGGAUCCAGACAGUUGUCUGGGGGAGAGUUUGACUGACAGACAGCGAGCAAAACUGGCAGAGUCAAUGGAAACCGUGCGGAGACAAAUCCUGCGACAAGGUCGUCAUGCAGACACUUUGGUCUUACAGCAGCGGAUGGAGCUCCUUCAAUCUGCACAGCAGAGAAUCAGAGAGCUUGAGGCCAAGAUUGACAUGCAAAGACGACAAAUCAAAGAGAUUGAAGAGAAGUUUUUAUUUCUUUUCCUGUUUUUCUCCCUAGCUUUUAUUCUUUGGCCUUAAAUCAUCACACAAACAAACACUAUAUACACUCUUACUGUCUCACUCUUUUAACAAACAUUCCCCAGUUUGUUGUCUAAAAUGUUUUUUUUACAAAUUUUAUGACGCGUUUCCAAAGAGAAACGUUUGUAUCCUAAAAGGUCCGGUUGAAGCUGCUUAAUUUUUUGGUCAACUUGAAGAUUGUGUUAAAUAAUAUAAAAUACAUUUAUGUCUAAAUAUUUGUUAUGAUGAAUAUUUAAAACACCUCACACUUGUCAAACUGCUUUUAGUUUCA